AGUGAAAGUAAAAGUGGAGUAUUUCCUAGUUCACAUAGAUCAGGUCGGAGAUUCAGUCUGUCAAGAGACAUGAGCUCCUUACAGUUUAACGCAGUUUUACUCGACAUCUCUAACCAGCUGUCCGCCGAUCAGCUGAAACAGAUGAAGUUUCUGUGUGGAGGUAUAAUCGGGAAAAAAGACCAGGAAAAGAUCGACGCCGGAUUAAAACUGUUCCAGUUUCUGACGGAGCGAGGCAAACUGGGAGCCGAUAACACGGAGUUUUUAUCCGAGCUUCUCAAAAACAUUGAACGACACGAUCUUUCAGACAAAUUGAACAGUUUUGAAAGUCAGUCUGCACACACCUUCAGUCAACCAAACGAGACGGAGAGAGCCAAACUGGACAUUGCCACUGAAGUGAUUGCAGAAAAUCUCGGAAAGUCUUGGCGUAAACUGGGCCGCAAACUGGGUUUGAAAGAUGUCAAGCUGGAGUCCAUCCACAGGAAGUACGCCACAGAACUGGAGGAGACAGCGGUGGAGCUGCUGAAGGAGUGGAGGAAGAGUCGGGGAGCCGAAGCCCGGACAGCUGAUCUGUUAGCAGCCCUGAGGGCCUGUCAGUUCAACCUGACUGCUGAUAAAGUAGAGGACAAACUGAAAGACAGUGGAUAUGGUGAAAUGUGAUGAUUUACAGCGCAGAUGAGAUUGAGAUUAACUCUGAGGAUGAAAAUCAUAGCUGUGAUUUAAAGAAAUCAAUUGUGAAUAAAGUUAUAUGUAGAUAUAAUAAAUUAUGCAAAACAAAUCAUAUUUGUUGAGAGGAAUAAACUGACUUAGUGUCAUAAAAUAGGCAGACAGGGAAAGUGUGUUUAAAGACAGUAAUCGGAGCUUGUUUCAGUAUGAUGCGGUUCUCCUCAGUGUCAGCUAAUAUUGCUCAUGUUUCAUGUUUUUAUUUGAAGUUAGUUCAGAUUUAUAUAUUAAUGGUCAUGAAGCUGAAAUGGAGAAGUUCACAUCUUAAUAAUAGUUUAUGUCUCCUAAUGUUCACAUUUACAGACAUGUCACUGUCAUCAAAAGAUACUUUCUCCCUAUUAUAGAGAAAUAGCUUUUUUUCAGUAUAUUAAAAUUCUGAUGAUGUCGUGGCAUUUUCAUUUGUUGCUGAUUUAAUGUCAUCAGCGCCAUCAAUACAAGGAAGACAGUGUUUUCAAGCUUCCUGCUGUUGUAAAAGAAGGUAGAAAUCAAACCUACUGGUACCUGUUUUUAUUAAGGACGUUUCAACAGGACAUGUUAAAAGACAGAUUCCACUAUAAAAAGGCUGUAGUUGUCCAUGCAAUAUCACCACUUUAAAGUCCUGUGAAACUGGUUUCCAAGGCAGAGGUUUUAUUAGCACUGAGUAGGUGUACAUGUGAAUAUAUAUAUGAUACGUAUUAGUUAGGAAAUCCACUCAUUUGCUUACAGUGUUAGAUGAGAAGAUCAAUGCCACUCUCAUGUCUGUCUGUUAAAUAAAAUGAUACACUAAUGGCAAAA